ACCCUUCUUUUUAUCACCAUGAAGCUGAAUGUGGAACUUGUGCUGUUGCUGCUCCUAUUUUUCGGUCUUUCUCUAUGUGAGAUGGUAAAUAUUUCAAACAAGGAUGAUUUAGACUUGGAAAGACAUGUUAGCGCAAUGAACAAGCCAUCCAUCAAGACUUUUAUGACUAAAGAAGGAGAGAUAAUUGACUGUGUUGAUAUUAACAAACAACUGGCAUUCGAUCAUCCUCUAUUGAAAAAUCAUAAGGUUCAGACAGAGCCGAAUCUACAUGUCACUAGGCUGCGCAAAACUUCUCCAAAUGCAAAAUUAGUAAGAUCUGGGUUGAGAGAGCCUUGCCCCAUCGGAACAGUACCCAUUCGUCGAGUAACAAAAGAAGAUUUGGUGAGUGCAAGAUCCUUGCAGAAGAUACCAUCUGUCGCAGCCAUGAGGCACUGUACUCUUUCUUCAAAUCAACAUGUGGUUUCUCUAACGGACAACAUGGUAGAAAAUGUUAAAUACGGAGGAGGUGGACGUUUGACAGUCUACAAUCUAACUAUUGGAGCUGGGGGCGUGCAACCGAGCGGCGGCAUGCGAAGAGGCGGCGACGGCGCUGGAGGCUUGGGACUGGGAGGCAGCGGCGACCUCCAAAGUUUCCCUAUUGCUUAUGACCAUUUCAGUGCACAUAAUAUGUGGAUUGAAUCUGGUCCCCCAGAUCAUAUUAGCAUGAUCGCGGCUGGUUGGAUGGUUUCUCCACAUUUAUUUGGCGACACUCUUUCUCGGUUGUUCACAUAUUGGACAGGUGAUGGCUACCGCAAUGGGUGCUAUAACGUACUAUGUCCGGGCUUCGUCCAGGUCAGUAGGGAAGUAACCCCCGGUUUUCCAUUACAACCCACUUCUACUUAUGGGGGAGACCAAUAUGAGCUUGCAAUCGAUAUCGAACAGGAUAGAAGUACGGGGAAUUGGUGGUUGGUUGUGCUCCGUGCAUCGAUUAAAGUAGGCUACUGGCCAAAGGAACUAUUUCUACAUUUGCGUGAUGGCUCCCUACACACAGCUUGGGGAGGAAUUGGCUUAGCCGGAAGCGAUGGGAUCUGUCCACCGAUGGGAAGUGGUCACAUGCCCGAUGGUAAUUUCAAGCACGCCGCCAUCUUUCGACGGCUCCAUUGGGUUCGAUCGGAUGGCAAAUCCUUACCUCCUUCAGAUAACACCACGGAGUGGGUGGAUAGAUCCAAUGUUUAUGGUUUGGUUAAUCAUCACUAUGUCAAAAAAUAUCGAAGUGGCUACACCAUUAGUUUUGGAGGUCCAGGAGGUUACUGCAGGGGAUAG